AUGAAGAUGAAUGGGAAAUGGGAUAGUUAACUCUAUUUCGGAUAUGUGAAUAUUCAACUUGAGAAACUAGUAACACUAUCCUAAGUUUCAAGUAAAUAUGGUUCAGUUCAGGGACUUAUUUAUAUGAGAGAUUCUAUAUUAAUUUACAGAUAAUUAGGAUACUUAUCAAAGUUUGACAUCUAGAGAUAAAGCGUAGAAGAAUAUAUAGCUAAAUUCAAUUAUAAAUGCGAGAAAAUAAUAAUGACUCAAGGUCUUGACGAGCAUUCUAAUGAGAUUCGUUUGUACUGCCGCUUAAAUAUGGUUAGUGGGUUUAAAAGUAAGGAUUUCUUUUCUGUUAUCGGAAUAUUCGAUAAAGAUAAUAAGAUAUAAUGGAAUGCUCAAAAUAUGCCAAACUCCAUUUCAGAUAUAAAGUUUGAACAGGCCAUAGAAAUGUCUGCUAACUAAACUUUAUUAAUAGAUUUGCAAUACACUUAAUCAGCCAAACGGAUCAUUAACGUUAGCAGCCGAGAAUUUAAAAUAAAUGAUGUGGGUUUAAGCUAUGAUGAAACGCAAAAGCCAAAAGAUGCAGAUAAUAUAUAUUACACUAGACAUUUUGGAGAUGCUAUUUUGAUUAGUAGAGAGAGAUAGAUAAUUUAUUUUAGUCAUUACGGGAAAGUUUAGAUAAAUAAAAAGUGA